UCUCAGAACUUUAUAUUCUGGCUGUUGACAGUACCUUACUACGACUUCAUACGACAGACUGGACGUGUUGUAGAACAGUUGUAGAAACGAGCCAUGCCGCGUGAACACUGGAGCCAUCAGUUCGACUUCUUCGUCACCCUACUUGGGUACGGGGUGGGAUCUGGAACAUUCAUCAAGUUUCCGUUCUACUGUAUGGGCAAUGGUGGAGGGGCAUUUUUGAUACUGUUCAUAUUCUUCACAAUAAUCGGAGCCAUCCCAUGCACUUUCGUGGAAAUGACAAUAGGCCAGUACUCUCAGAGUGGACCCGUUAACGUCUGGAACUUGUGUCCUUCCUUCAAAGGUCUGGGCCUGGGAGCUGUCAUAUGUGCCUGGUUUUUCCAUAGCUACUAUAAUGUCACAUUUUCUUGGUUCAUGUAUUACCUAUUCUAUUCCUUCUCUGAAGUACUUCCUUGGGACAACUGUAACAACACUUGGAACUCACCUACAUGUAUAUCCAGCACGAAUUUUAGAACUUUUACAAAUGUCAGUAUUCCGUAUAAUGGAAGUGAGAUAGGAAACACUCCCAACAUAACCGGGGUCACUGCUGCUGAAGAGUUCUGGAAGUAAGGUUUCCACCUUUCCAAAGUAAUAAGAUUAUGAAUAUACAAACCGUCGUCCCUUUGCUUACCCCUUGAUAAGUAUUACAGUUCAAAAAAGUGAAAGACUGAUAUUCUUGCUCAUGAGAUAUUAUAAUAAAGUUCUAAAUUAUCCGCAUUUUGUGUCACGAUACUUAUGAACAUAAUCUCAUUCCUUUACAAGCUCUAAAACAUGAAUUUUGAGCAAAGGUAAACAUUCUCGCCCAUGGGUCACUCUUCGCCGAUGUGCGAGGUAGUUUAAAUUUCGAGUUUUUGAAAAUGCAUUUUUUUUCCCCAUUUUCUCAUCCUUAGCAUAUAUUAAUGAUAAUUGCAUGUUGGAUUUUGUCAAAUCUUUUGUCAGAAACAGUACGGAGAGUUUCUCGGCUUUUGGGUUUCCAGAGGGAGAUUGUUACGAGUUAAAUACUUUAUUGAAACUUCCUUACAUGCACCUGUUAUUGUAUGUUGUAUUAUGUAUCGAAAUUUCAUCAUCGAUAUUCUUUGUACAUGACUAUCCUUUUUAUUUAAGAAACAAGGUGCUGGAAAUGACGGACGGUCUGAUGAACCUCGGUGGUAUCACAUGGCAUCUUUUUGGAUGCUUGGUGAUCACACAUAUGAUCAUAUUUCUGUGGAUUUUCAAAGGAAUAAAGGUUUCAGGGAAAGUAAGGAAGCUAGCAAUACCCUCGACAUUACAAUUGUGUGUCGACAACUGGGUCACACAUUCUUAUAAGCCAGUCUAUAAUGAAAUUAAAAACACACUGUUCUGUUAAUAUCCAGAAUUGCAAAAUAGCAUAAAGUUAUUUUCUAAACGUUAACUAAACUACAACAAAUAUCUAAAAUACAAAAUACAUCCAAGUUCCAAUGUCAUGCAUAAAUGGUAGUGGUUACAUUGUUCCCAAUAAAAGUGAGUGAGUGAAUUUACGCCUCUUUUAGCAAUAUUGCAGCAAUGUCACGGCGUGUGACACCAGAACUGGGACUCUCACAUUGUACCCAUGUGAGUAUUCGAACCAAUAACUUCGACGUGAUGAUCGAACGCUUGAACCACUAACCCAAUCGACCGGCUUUUUCCCCAUAAAAAAGAAAGUAGAUUAUGCAUAUGAUCUAAUAUUGUAUGAAUAUGUAUAUUCUUGCACCAGCUUGUCUACAUCACUGUGGCUCUCCCAACCAUCCUCAUCACAGUGUUCCUCAUCCGUGGUUGCCAACUUCCUGGAUCAGCUGAUGGAAUAUACUUUUACAUUUAUCCAAAGUUUGAACGGCUCAUGGAACCCAAAGUGAG